AUGGAAAAAGGACCACGUUUGAAGAGCUCAAAGUUUUUUUAUUACAAAUGUUCGGGUAUUUUGGGUAUACACAAGGUCUUCAUUGAGAAACCAGCGUCUAAAUGGUGCCUGGAAGCGUUCAUCAACAAGUUUAUAGACGAGAAAGAGACGGAACUAUGUUUUGAACAAAUCCAUGAGCUCUUUUUGUCUAACCUACAACAAAUUAUGAACCAGAAGAAUGUCGAUAGUCCUAUUCGUGCAUUCUGUGCAGACUAUACUGAAUGGAUACAAGAAUAUCUUUACGGCAAAAACGCAAACAAGGAAAUCGCCGAGGAUUUCGUUUCUGAAAAUGCGAAAUAUAUAGCAUUUCAAAAUGCCAUUAGACAAAGGCACAAAAGAGCUCAAACACCUUCACACCAGUCACGGGCUCAAACACCUCCACCUAAGUCUUCACAAUCCCUGACGCCAACAACACCAAAUAAAAGGAAGAUAGAACACGAAAAAGUCAAACAGUGA